AUGACAACCAUUGCCGAAACGCCGAAAAUCUGCGGACGACGUCGACCCGUUGGUAGAUGUCUUUUUGGGAGACCUGACACGAAUAAAAUCAAUGAAAGUUUAAAAAAGGAGCUCAAUGAGCUCUAUGAUAAAGACAAAAGAAAAUGGAAUUUCGAUUUCGUAAAUAACGUGCCAAUCGAAUUGGGAGCCGGAGAUUAUCACUUUGAAGCUGUUCCCGCGGAAGAGGUUCCACACUUCUACCAUGAGCGGCAACUUCGCUCCAGAAAACCGCCACCACGCCUAAUUCCUGAAGAAGAACAUCAACCCGCAUGCUCGUCAACUUCAAUGCAAUCCGAAUACACGAAGCCCGUUACCAGAUCUGCGACUCGUCUCACCAUUCGACACGCGAAUGAAACCAUCAAAAAAUCGGAGCUGAAGCAGACAAAGCUGACGAAUUACAUGCCAGUACGUAAGCGUCUUCGUGAACCCGGAAUGGUCCGUUCUGCAUCUGUAGACGUCAUGUCGGAAUUGGUGUUAAAAAGUGCACCGAAGAAAAGCGUCGGUGUCCGCCGGCAAAAAUCUGAACAUCAUGAAAAGGCGAAAAGCGCUGAUCACAAGAAUGAUACUCCCAACAAGCUCUCGUCGGUGUCCGACACCGCAAUCGUCGCUUCUCCGCGUUCGCCGCCCGCCAAGAAAUUCCCGAGACGCCAACGUGUUUCGGGAACCUCUGGUGCUGGCGACUAUUGA